CUAAAUCCUCCUCAAUGGCUGACGUCCAACACAUCCGCCUCCGACGGCCGCCAACAGAACCCAAAGCUGCGCCCCAACCAAGGCACACGGGAAUUCUCCAAGAUCAAUUGCGCAGAGCAGCACGGCGACCAUGGAACCCAAGUUUUUCGCUGGCAGUCCGUAUACUGCUUCUGAUGCGGGUCGCUGGUGCAAUGUAUUCCAACAUUGACGACUGUGAUGAAGUGUUCAACUUCUGGGAGCCUCUCCAUCUGUUGGACCACGGUUACGGCUUCCAAACUUGGGAAACCUCCCCUCGAUACGCUAUUAGGAGUUGGGCAUACAUCGUUUUACACCUAUUCCCGACGAAAAUCGCCAAAUUCAUUUCGGAAGAUAAGCGAGUCGCGUUCUUCGCAGUGCGGAUUACUCUUGCUGUAAUCUCUGUAUUCGCGGAAGCAACAUUAUAUCGUGCGGUUCAUCAAAGAAUUCAAGAGCGAGUGGGCCGCUACCUAUUCUUCAUGCUACUGUGCAGCGCUGGGAUGUGGAACGCAUCUGCUGCGUUCUUGCCGUCAUCAUUUGCCAUGUAUAUGACCACUUUCGCAUUUGCCUAUUCCCUCGAACCUCCUAAAGAAGGCAAUUUCCGACGCACAUUGUUCGUCACUCUGUUUUUUGCAACUGGUGCUGUCGUCGGCUGGCCAUUCGCUCUGGCGCUCUCCAUCCCAUUCGUAUGUGAGGAACUCUUCGUGUUCGGUGCAGAUCACGUUCCCGCGGAGAUAAAAACAAAGUGGAUGAUGACCCGUUGGAAGCAGCUCCUCAUGGCCGGAUUGGCCGCGUCGUUGCUAUUCAUUCCGGUCAUUGCCAUCGACAGUGUCGCAUACGGCAAAUGGACCAUCGUCCCUUGGAACAUAGUGCAGUAUAACGUAUUUGGUGGAUCUGAGCGUGGACCAGAGCUCUAUGGCACGUCGCCAUGGAACUUCUACCUGCUCAACCUCGGCUUGAACUUCAACAUCCUCACUCCAUUGGCAAUCUCUUCUCUGCCUGCUCUCGCUGUCACUUAUUACAUCGACCGCAAGCGGCUGGGAUUCGUGACCGUGACCGGCCCGGAACGGACAUCACCAUAUACAACUCUGGCUAUUCGCCUUGCUCCUUUUUACGUGUGGCUGGGCAUUCUUACUGCGCAAGCUCAUAAGGAGGAACGUUUUAUGUUUCCUGCCUAUCCUUUGCUCUGCUUCAAUGCUGCAGUCGCUCUAUACCUGAUGCGAGGAUGGCUCGAGAAAGGUUUCAUCACUUAUACGAAAUCUCCGUACCAGGCUUCCAAGACAAUGAUGUUUAGAACAUUCACUUCAUCGGUGGUUAUCACAGCUGCAGCUCUUUCACUGUCGCGAAUCCUUGCGCUGAUCAUAUACUACCACUCUCCGCUUUCCGUGAUGCAUCACUUGCAGACAUUUGAGUUGCCUAGGCUCCUCAAUGAUACGGGUCUCCUGCCAGUAGUUCCGCCGGGGACACCUGAGGAAGAAAUUCCUCGUGUCGAUCUUUCUCUCAUCAAGCGGUUCAACCUCACACUUUGCACAAGCAAAGAGUGGUACAGAUUCCCCGGUCACUAUCUCGUUCCUGAUGGUAUCCGCGUCGACUUCGUUAAAAGCCAAUUCGACGGUCUGCUGCCUGGGCACUUCGGAGAGGGAGACUCGAUGCAGAAUGUGGGUACAGGGGCAGGAUGGUGGGACCGGCCCGCCACGCGCCAGGUCCCGGACAGCCUGAACGAUCUGAACAAGGAGCAACCAGCAUUCUAUGUCCCCAUCGAAAGCUGCGACUAUCUCAUCGAUCUUGACUUUCCUCUGCACCCGUCUGUCUCGAGCCUCGAGCCUCGCUAUUCCAUCGACGCAGGAGCGUGGGACCGAGUCUACUGCACACCAUUUUUGGACGCAAGACACUCGAACACUCUGACCCGCACUCUCUGGUUGCCAGCGGCGGCUUGGCAGAAUCAGAACGAGUUUGGAGACUAUUGUCUAUUGAAAAACCUGCGCACGCUGCAGACAAAAGAGCAACUUGUAUCCAGAACAAUCACCGAGUCCACUACCUAGAGCCUAGAAACACAACGUUGUAAUUCAUGAUCGAUGACCAUGUCCUGUCAUGAUCGGAUCGUUUGUGUGUGCGGCGAUCAAAUGAUUACCCGCGAACAGCUACUUUUAGACGCGUUCGUCUUUGACAAUAUCUCACAGCUGCCCGACGCGUUUUUUUCAUCAACCUCGCCUCACGAAAUGGACCUUUCAGAGCACGAUUCCGAAUUGACAGAAAUGUCGGACUCGGACAUGGACAUCGAUGACCCUUCUGCAUCUAUCGUUCAAAGAACGAGUGAAUUUCUGCUCCCUAAACUGGCGUUACUUGAGAGGAUCUUGCCCUCAGGAUUGGAUGGUGACUGGAAAGAGGCCAAGAGCAUACUUCAGGAGACCAAAUGCCACGCUGAGGCAGUACGCCCGUAUAAAGUUGCGCUUUUAGGUCGCACAGUAGGGUCCGGGAAAUCCACACUCUUGAACGCCCUGCUACGCAAACCCAUUCUUGCCGCCUCUGCCGCUGGCGCUUGCACAGCAGUGAUCACAGAAAUCAGUUACAACGAUACGCUGCAGGCAGAAGUCGAGUUUAAGCACGCGGACCAAUGGAGAAAGGAGCUGUGCACUUUGUACACAGAAGCAACUGACAAUGACGUCGACUCCGACGAAGUACAGGUGGAAGGCGAGGAGUUGAAGAGCUCUGCAGUGAGUCAGGCGAGGGAACGAAUGCGUCAGUUGUUUCCGGGGAUCUCGGACAAACACGUCAACCAAUGGCCGAGCUUCGAAUCUUUCCGUGACGACAACGAGCUUGCAAAGCAUCUAGGAACCUCCGUCAAACUGAAUGAUGCGACCGUCGACAAUUUUCAGAAGAACCUCGAGACAUUCCUGGCCUCUACCUUGAGUCAGCAAAACACACGACAGCUCUGGCCGAUUGUUCGUGUUGUGCGAAUCUGCGGCCCUUUCGAAAUUCUCUCGACUGGGGUGACACUGGUCGAUCUGCCCGGCUUCGGAGACGUGGAUCACUUGAGAGAUGCCGUCGCUGCGUCUUAUCUUGAAAAAGCUGAUGCGGUGUUCCUCGGUGAAGUCAUGCUCAAUGUCCCGCCUGCAUGCUUCUCAUGCAGUUGUCUAGUUGCCGGGAUUUCGAGGGCCAAGGACGAUAAGGAUGUCAACACCCAUCUUAACACCUAUAUCAACCAAUGCAUCGUUGAUGGUCGGGUACAAGACCGGUCGAUUGCGGUCAUUCUCACCGGCGCCGAUAACCGCAUCAGCAGUAAUGAGUUUACAUUAGAACAGUCGGAGCAAGUAAGGGUCAACGCUCUGGAAUCGAGCAUCCAAGCUCUUCUGGAUGACGAAGAUGAGAUCACCAGGAAACUCGAGAAGAAGAUGAAGUCAAAGUCAAGGUCAAAGAAACAUCAGGAUGGACUGAACGAUCUUCAAAAUCAGGUGCAGAAGUGCCACGACCAGAGGGUCGCCGAAAUCAAACAGAGAAACACUCUCCUAGCUAAAGGACGUGCACAACUAGUGGAAUUGCAGUUUCAAAACAAAUUCAAAUACAUGUUCCAGGACUUAGCGCCCAAAGACAAGCCCAUACCAAACGUGGAUAUACCCGUCUUCGCUGUUGGGAGUAAAGACUUUAUGUGUCUGAAAAGAAUUGAGACCGACGAUGCAAUGAUGUUUUCGACCGCAGAAGAGACAGACCGGAAUCCCCGAUUAACAGACCAUCUUCGAACAGUCGGAGAACGUCGCGCCUUGACUCAUGCUCAGUCUGGUCUAGUCGGUUUCUGCGACAUCGUCCAACGGGCAGACAAGAUUGUCAGCAUCAAACCUCAUGAUGCGGGGACGCAGAAGGAAACUGAUCUGACGAAGCUCAAGAGCGAACUCGACCAGAAGUGCGCGGCCGUCCUGGAUCGAAUGCUGGGCACUGUCAACGAUCUCUUUUUCCACGAGCUGCAACACGUCAUGAAAACCUCGCUGGCUAUCGCCAAGGAUCGCAGCACAUCUGUCUUCGAGAAACAUACCACGAAGAAGUGGUUCCGAUAUCGGACCCUUAUGCGACAAGAGGGAGUGUUUGAAAAAGAAGACAUCAACGUGGAAUUGACGCAGAAUGAGCUCGUUUCGGUGCUAAACGCGUGGAAUGACAUAUACAACUACAAACUGGGAUCAGCCUUUCGACUGUACUACGAAGAGUUGCGCGCAGAGAUCUCGACCCAUAGCCUAUACUUGACCGCUGCUGAUCCUCUUCGUGCACAAUCUGAUCUUGACCUUCUCAAAACUGUGUUGAACCAAGUGAAUUCGGUUGCUGUCACCGUGACUCAGAGACAAGGUGUUCCACAGCGUGCAUGGCCUCUUGCGACCAAGGCCAUCCUCCAACCUCAAUAUGAAAAAGCAGCAGCCCAGAAAGGACCGGGAAUGUACAAGCGAAUGAAGGUAUUAUUUCGUGAUCUUCUACAUAUACUCUCAUUUGCUAACAACCUCCACAGGAGUUCUUUCCAGCUCAAUCGCGAUUACAUGCACAUGCACGGCGCUUCACUCUUCCAGCGUCUCGAAGAAACUGUCAACGAGCUGAACCGGGCACUUGUCAUCACUCUACGCACUGGGAAUGCCGAAAAGCUGAAGCGACACAUCAAUCAACUUGCAUUGGGAUCCAUCACCAUCACUCCUGUACCUGAAAAGACGGCCAUGUCGAACACAGAGCUCAAAACGUUCAUCGCAGAGCACGAGGACAUUGCAUGCCAUUUGCUUGAUGAAAUCAAGAAUCGAUUACAAGCUCUGGUUGUAUAAUUUCCUCUCGGUCCCAUGCUGUACCUUUCCUGGUCUACCUCCACUGUAAUCUGUAUUCUAUCGCAUGUUCUGUGUAUCGCGCUCUCUCGUCGCACUCGUAUCGCUUGCAUCAUCUACAACCUUGUACAUAAUCAGUGUAACGUUACCAUCUUUGUUUGGAAUCGAAUUCUUGCUACGAUUGUCAUCCAUCUCCAUGUUCCCGGCGCAGGACUCCGACGCGGCAAUCCGUCUGACAGACACCGACGCGGCGUUGGCAAGACUCUCGGCUGUACAAAAGGGGUACCUCGAAGAUCCAUUUGUCAAAGCGCUGAUCCCCCGCGCACAUCUCCAAUCUCCUCGUCCGCCGCUGAUCAACAUCGGGACGUUCGUCCGCGCCACUGCUAUCGAUGAUCUCGUCUUCCGGUGGCUAGACAUAUGUGCGCAGCAGGGCACUAGGUGCCAGAUCGUCAGUCUCGGAGCAGGGAGCGAUACACGCUUUUGGCGGAUUGCGACAGGCGCGAGUAAGGAUGCGCUCGCUGCAUAUGUCGAGCUGGACUUUGCGGAGAUUACGACGAAGAAGGCGAUGGCCAUCCGGAAGAGCAAGGAUUUGAGCGCGGUUCUGGGUUCUACGUCCGACGUCAAGAUCGUUCAACGCGGUAUGGGCCUGUCCUCCCCCAAGUACCAUCUCUUCCCCGUUGAUCUCCGACAACCGCCGGCCGAAAGAUGGGGUACGCUUCUCAGCCCAAUUUUACAUGCGGACCUGCCGACCCUCAUAUUAUCCGAAUUCGAAGGAGGCGCAGUUCUCGGUAGCAUUGUGUAUGAGAUGUUCCGGCUGCAGGAUUCGUUCGGACGCGUCAUGCUCGAUAACCUAAAGGCUCGCAAUGUCACUUUGCCAGGCGCAGUGCCGUACCCGGAUGUGGCUUCUUUGCCUCGCCGUUUUACGGAUCUCGGAUUCGCAGCUGCUCGGGCACUUACCUUGAAGGACAUCCGGAGGUCAUACAUAUCCGUCUCGGAGCUUCAAAGGAUAUCACGCCUGGAAUUGGUCGAUGAAGUAGAGGAGCUGGACCUCGUCCUGGAUCACUACGCUAUCACAUGGGGUCUCUUCGUUCCGUCGUCUACGACUUCGGGCCCUUGGGCGCAGUGGGGUAUCAGUCCGCAAUCAGCGAGAACAGACGAUGAGGAUUGAAUGCAUCAGGCGUUAGUCUACUGAGUUUUGGCUGCUUUUUUCAAAGCACGACG